AUGUCCAGGAAGAACAUCCUCCUCCUAAUCGCCGACGACCUGGGCAAGCAAUUAAGUUGCUACGGCGCGACCACCAUCCAAACCCCCUCCAUCGACCAGCUCGCCUCGCAAGGAACUCUUUUCGACUACGCCUUUGCCAGCACAGCGUCUUGUAGUGGCAGCCGCUCGGUGCUAUACACGGGGCUACACACACAUCAAAACGGGCAGUACGGGCUCGCCUCCCACCGGCACCACUUCGUCACCUUCGACCAUGUCGACAGCGCACCGCGCCUCCUCAACCAGGCCGGCUAUCGCACUGGCAUAAUCGGCAAGAUCCAUGUCGGUCCAGACCCUGUAUACCCAUGGGAAGUUCGCCGAGAGAGCGACACGCGCGACGUCGCAGUUGUCGCGGACCAGGCGAGGGAGUUCUUCCUCCAGUCUCAAGAGACUGAUGCCCAAAGGCCGUUUUUCCUCACUAUUGGGUUUAUUGACCCGCACCGUGACCGUACGCGCGCAGGGUUUGGAAAUGAUGCCUCCAACUCCUACGACGAGCGUAUCACGCCUGGCAAGUAUACGGCUGAGAACGUAGAGAUUCCGUCGUUUAUCAACGAUACUCCCGGCACCCGGCAUGAGUUCGCGGAGUACUAUAAUUCAAUCCACCGUCUCGAUCAAGGCGUCGGCCUGGUCCUCGCUGCACUCGAAGAUACCGGUCUGGCAGACUCAACACUUGUCAUCUUCGUGAGCGACAACGGGCCGCCGUUCCUCAACUCCAAAACAACCCUGUACGACGCCGGCGUGCGGCUCCCACUCCUCAUCCGCCAGCCGUCCCCCAACACCACCACUACUCACGCUGUGAGAAGCCCGAAUAUGGUCUCAUACGUCGACAUCCUCCCUACAAUCCUCGACUACGCCGGUGCGCCCCUUGCCGACGCUACCCAAAAACGCAUCGGCCGGUCCCUCCUGCCCCUCCUCGGCACCAGCACAGUCCUGUCCGGCUGGAACCAAGCGUUUGGCUCCCACACUUUCCACGAGGUGACCAACUACUGGCCGACACGCUUCAUCCGCACGCGCCGCUGGAAAUACCACCGCAAUCUGGCCUGGCGUCUCGACUUCCCAUUCGCAGCGGACCUGUAUGGCUCGUUGUCGUGGGAGGAUAUUCGCAACUCUUCAAGUACCAGCAGCGGCGAGGAAAUAAAAAUCGGCGGACGAAAGUUAAAAGAUUACUUCUUUCGGCCUGCCGAAGAACUGUAUGAUUUGGAGAACGAUCCGGAUGAGAUACACAACCUAGUAAACGACUCAGAGUACGUAGAGGUGUUGGGCCAGUUGAGAACGAAGCUAGAUACGUGGCAGCGGAGGACCGAGGAUCCGUGGUUGUAUAAGGAUGGCGUGUCGGUGUGGUUUGUGCGGUAUCAUUUACCGGCGGGCCUCAAGUUGCCGGAUAGACAGGAUUUUGAUGCCGAGAGGCCCGGGAAUAGAGGGCCUGCAAUUCAAAAUGAUUUGACGUGGGGAGCGGAGGUGAGUGUGGAGGAGUUGUAUGAGUGA